CCCACCCCCACCCCGCCCGGCCCUUUCUGCACCGUCAUCUCCCGCCCCGCCGAGGCCCGACCCGUGAGCGGGGCCGCCCGUAGCGGACCGGACUCGGAGCCCCGCUCCUCCCGGCUGGGGGCGGGAAGGGAAACAGAUUGGGCGGAACCAGCCUCACCACCCGCAGCCGCGCACGAAGGUGGUCUGUGAGCCCCGCCCCGCCCCGCCGCAGGACUCGGCGGCUCCGGCGCUGGGCGCUGGGCGCUGGGCGCUGGGGAGGUAAGGGCAGCUGGGCGGUCGCACAUGCGCAAAGGCGCCCGCUGUUUCCCACGACCUCCGGCUGCCUAGCAGAAGAGCCGGAGGGUGCAGCAGCCCGGACGAUGGGCAACGCGCAGGAGAGGCCGUCGGAGACCAUCGACCGCGAGCGGAAGCGCCUGGUGGAGACGCUGCAGGCGGACUCGGGGCUGCUGCUGGACGCGCUGCUGGCGCGGGGCGUGCUCAACGGGCCCGAGUACGAGGCGUUGGACGCCCUGCCAGACGCCGAGCGCAGGGUGCGCCGCCUGCUUCUACUGGUGCAGAGCAAGGGCGAGGCCGCCUGCCAGGAGCUGCUGCGCUGUGCCCAGCAAACCGCGCGCGCGCCCGACCCGGCCUGGGACUGGCAGCACGUGGGGCCCGGCUACCGGGACCGCAGCUAUGACCCCCCGUGCCCCGGACACUGGACGCCUGAGGCACCUGGUUCCGGCACCCUAUGCCCUGGGCUACCUGGAGCUUCAGACCACGACGAGGCAGGGGGUCCUGAAGGAUCGGAGGCCGUGCAAUCCGGGACCCCAGAGGAGCCAGAGCUAGAAGCUGAAGGAGCUGAACAGGAUCUGGAACCAGAGCCAGAGCCAGAGCCGGAACUGGAAGUGGAUCCAGAGCCCGAGCCUGAGCCCGAGCCCGAGCCUGAGCCCGAGCCCGAGCCCGAGCCCGAGCCCGAACCCGAGCCCGAGCCGGAGGCCGAUGAGUCUGAAGAUUCCUGAGGGCCAGAGCUUUCCCCACCCAGGCCUGUGCUGGAUGGGGCCUGGGAUCCUGCCGGCCGGAUGGAAUGCCUGCCCCCAAGGCUGGCCUAACACAGCUGCAAGUGAAUAAACUCCAGACAGUCGGCCUGGCCUGGGCUCUCUCCACGACUGCGCUGUUUGCCCAGGCACUGAGGGCAGGUGGCAUGCAGCCCUGAGUCCCAUGAUCCGGACAGCCCAUGCCCCACCACCUCCUCAUGGCCCAUGUCACAGCUCCAUUCUUCCCGCAAACUCUUCCCCUCAGGAGCCGGGGAGCCCACCAGGUCCACGCCAUGGAAGCCCCGGGCCAGGUGUAGAGAAGACGGGGAGGGGGACUUCUGUCCAUUUAGAGAGGCUCAGCUCACAGCCUUUGGCAGUGAAAUCAGAAGAGGUAGACAGCAAAGAACCUGGAGUUAGACAGAGGCCACACGCAACAUUGUAACUGCUGUUUAAUGGUUUUAAUGGUUUCCCUCUGAAAUGGGAGCUGGGAGAGGGUUCUAACGGGUAACUGGUAUACAGCACUCCGUACAUAUUGCUUAACUAAAUGAAUGAGGACUUUCCA